GCUAAGGAUAUUUUUCUUUAAUAAUAUCUUUUAAAGCAGCUGCGUACGAAAAAAAGAAAAAAAAGAAAAAGCAGAAAGAGAAAAUGAGCAAUGCUCAUCAAGAAGCUAUUAAGCAAUUUCUUUCCUUGAUGGAAACUGUUGAUGAGCGAAUGAAGAGCACAUUUCAGAACAUGCACCAAGGGUAUCCAACUGAAGCUUUAGUGCGGUUUCUCAAAGCGAGAGAUUGGAAUGUUCAGAAAGCCCAUAAAAUGUUAAUUGACUGCUUACAAUGGAGAAUUCAGAAUGAGAUUGACAACAUAUUAGCGAAACCAAUUAUCCCCACUGACUUAUAUAGAGCAGUUCGAGAUUCUCAGCUUGUAGGAUUGUCGGGUUACUCAAAAGAGGGUCUUCCUGUCAUUGCUAUUGGUGUUGGGCUCAGCACAUAUGACAAAGCAUCUGUGAAUUACUAUGUACAGUCGCACAUUCAAAUGAAUGAAUACCGAGACCGUGUAGUAUUGCCUACUGCCACUGAGAAGUAUGGACGGCAUAUCAGCACUUGUCUGAAGGUUUUGGAUAUGACUGGCUUGAAGCUUUCAGCAUUGAAUCAAAUAAAGAUACUGACCACUAUAUCAACAAUCGAUGACUUGAAUUAUCCUGAGAAGACACAGACGUAUUAUAUUGUCAAUGCACCAUAUAUAUUUUCGGCAUGUUGGAAGGCUGUAAAACCUCUCUUGCAAGAAAGGACAAAGAGGAAAAUUCAGGUGCUUCAAGGUUCUGGAAAGGAUGAGUUGCUGAAAAUAAUGGAUUAUUCAUCCCUUCCACAUUUUUGUAGAAAAGAAGGUUCUGGAUCAACCCGUCACAGCAGCAAUGGAACUGCAGAUAAUUGUUUCUCGUUGGAUCACACCUACCAUCAACAGCUUUACACUUACAUAAAGCAUCAAGCUACACAUAAAGAGACCAAUUCGCCGAUCAAACAUGGGUCAGUACAUGUAGAAUUUCCUGAGCCAGAUCCAGAUGAUACCGCAAUUGCAUUGACAAUUGAAUCUGAGUUGCACAAGCUUGCAGACCAGAAUGGCCUGUGCAAGUCAUUAAAUGGCCUUAAAGUGAAUGGUGUUUAGAUUUUAGAUAAUACCGAUUACAUAGCUGUUGUCAAUAUGUUACAAAGAACCGAGACUGAUUAACAACUGUAGAAUGAGAGGCCUUGUAUUUCGAUCUUCAAAUGUUAUAGCAGAGCUUUCUUGCAUCAGCUCGAUGCAGACUUGGUAGACAACUGAUCCGGUGUAAUUUGGUAUACCACCUUGUUGUGGAUAAUUGCGCAUGCCUUUUCUUUUUAAACGAGACUCUGUAUGAAACAAGACCUUCCCAGUUCUACUACAUGCAGCUUUCUUGAA